AUGCUUUCCAACAGUAUCGAGAUUGUCAAGUAUCUGUCGCGAGAUUUGGAACUUCCAGACGACGAAGCCUCCAAUGGCGUCUGGUUUGACGUGCUCAGCCAAGUUUUUGUCGCCUUUGGCUUGAAUGAGCUCUUUGCUGUGUCAGUCACCCUCUUGGCGGCCACUCCGCUCAUACUCCUCCUGAUUGCAUUCAUCCUCCAACGAUCGGACAAAUAUUACUUCUUCUCUUUCAAGAAGACUAUUUGCGAAGAAGCCGUGCUUGAACCGGUCCUACUUGAUAGCACCAGGGGAAUUUUCCGGUUUCCGGUUGCUGUCAUCAUUGCUACAGGGGUGGUGGUUGUAUCAGUCAUGAUUUUGAAUACUUACAACCCUUUUGCCAUAUACGCCAAUGCAUACACCGUUUGGGCUACGACAAUAUCGCUCUUUUACCUGGUGUUCUGGGCCGUCAUGACAAUAUCGAACGACGUUCGUCCAUCUGCACUUCAUCGUGGAUACGUCAUUUUCUGGCUUUUCACGAUCCUGUGGAUUGCCCUCACUAUCAUCACUGCAUUGGAACACCAAUUUCACCUCGCCAUGGGCUACCCGUUCAUUCUUCUCGAGGCGGUUGUUUCCAUUGCAGCGAUCAUCAGUUUGUUAGAAUUGUGUGCAUUGCCUACCAAAACCAAAUUUGCACAAAGCGUUCAUGAUGACCACGAAACUCGAGACUUUCACGCUAACCUUUCGAGUAAUGGGCCGCCUGAAAAUGAUGAAGAGAAUCAUUCUGACGAAGAAGAUCAUUUAGAAGUCAAUGAGACAAGCCCGUUGUUUCAAGGAAACAGUAAUAGACACUCAAGAUUCCCUUCGACUACCUUUGGCACUGUCUAUCGUCAAUCAAUCGCAUCCAUCAGGAAGAUGGCACCAAGACCAAUAGCCCCAGAAGUUACGGCUCUGCCAUUUGGUGAUGAGCAAAUAUGGUCAGCGAAACUCCCAAGUUCCCUAUGGUUUGUGCAAUUCCUACUCAUUGGACCGUUGUUUCUCGUGGUUAUAACAAAUCACGCAUUAGCACUGGUUGCUUCAAUAAGCCAGAGCAAUGUUGGAGAAAACCACCUGUUGCCUGCCUACUUGAUGCUAGCAGCUUUCAGUGCUCUCUUCAUACUUCCUCUCACCCCAUUCAUACACCGCGGUCAACGGCUUCUCCCAUUGAUCAUGUUGGUCACCUGUACCAUGACCAUCACGUUUAAUCUCAUCACUUUUCCAUUCGAUGAAUCCAACAAGUACAAGAUGCAUUUCUCACAAGAGGUUGACCUCAAAACUGAAAAGUCUGUUAUUCAUUUCAUAGGAGUGGAGGAACAUGUCCGUUACGCAUUGACCAGGCUCCCAUCUGCCAUGGGCCAAGAAAUUGUUUGUAUUCCUCAAAAGCCCGGCAGUCAUGGUCUCGACAUCUGCUCGUUCGACGGAUCCGAUAUGAUGCCAGAUCUUGGCGAAAAGAGGGUCAAUAGCUGGGUAUCAUUCAGCUCCUCCAGAGAUGGCAAGGACAUUCGAUUGACAAUCGAUGGCGAGGAGACCAGAAAGUGUGGGAUGGAUUUCUCCAACCCCAUUACCUAUUUUCAAGUUGAUGGCAGCGACGAAGCGGUGGAGAAAGAUUACCUGGACAACAUCACACUCUAUCGGCGAAGUUGGGACACGCCGUGGAAUGUGCAAGUCAAAUUAGCCACAGAUGAAGAAGUCGAAGUUCGAGUAUGGUGUGAAUGGGGCGAAUUCCGUCGCUUGCCCAUCUUGGAAGAGGCUGUACAUUAUCUGCCUGAGUGGGUGACACUCACAUCGUUUGGGAAUAAUCUCCUAUACGGCUCCCGUACCUAUACAGUUUAG